AGUAACAGCUCACAGCCCUUUCUCUUCUUUCUCACCGUUUUUUCAAAUCCAUUGGCCACACCAGAGACAGCCACUGACCGCCAUUGAAAUGCCGCUUCUUCUUCUGCUUCUCUUUCUCCUUCUUCACCUCCAUUUCCACCACUCCAUUUCUGCUCACCUCCCCGAAUACCGCGCGCUUCUCUCCCAGAAGAGCUCCGUUUCCGAUGAUUCCAGAUCCGCGCUCUCCACUUGGGACGCCGCCACCGCCCACUGCACCUGGACGGGCGUCACCUGCGAUUCCCGCCGGCAUGUCAUCGGCCUCGACCUCUCCGGGAUGAACCUCUCCGGUACUCUGUCUCCUGACCUUGCCAAUCUUCGAUUCCUCACCAAUUUUUCCGUCGCGGAUAAUCAGAUUUCCGGCCCGAUUCCGCCGGAGAUCUCUGCCAUAUCUACGCUUAAAUGCCUCAACGUCUCUAACAAUAUUAUUAACGGUACAUUCCCCUCUGAACUCUCGCUGCUCAAGAAUCUGCAGGUUCUCGAUUUGUAUAACAACAAUAUGUCCGGGAGCUUGCCGCUUGUGGUCAUCGAGUUGCCGAAUCUCCGCCAUUUGCAUCUCGGCGGGAACUUCUUCUCCGGCGUGAUUCCACCGGAGUUUGGACGGUGGCAGUUCAUGGAGUACUUGGGGGUAUCUGGAAACGAGCUUCAAGGUCCAAUACCGCCGGAGAUUGGUAAUCUAACGACGCUUCGUGAACUUUACAUUGGGUAUUACAACACCUAUGACGGCGGUUUACCGCCGGAGAUCGGAAACUUAUCGGAACUGGUUCGAUUGGAUGCUGCGAACUGUGGAUUAACGGGUGAGAUUCCCCGUGAACUCGGGAAACUUCAGAAACUGGAUACUCUGUUUCUUCAGGUGAACGGUUUAUCUGGACCUUUGAUUCCAGAGCUCGGGAGCUUAAAGGGCUUGAAAUCCAUGGAUUUGUCCAACAACAUUCUUGUCGGUGAGAUUCCGGACUCAUUCUCUCAACUGAAGAACUUGACGCUUUUGCAUCUUUUCAGGAAUAAGCUUCAUGGAGCUAUUCCACAGUUCAUCGGUGACUUGCCGGAGCUGGAAGUACUGCAGUUGUGGGAAAAUAACUUCACUGGCUCCAUUCCCUAUAGUCUGGGGAAGAAUGGGAGGCUUGCUGUUCUUGACAUUUCUUCGAAUAAAUUGACUGGAACUUUACCUCCCGAUAUGUGCCGUGGAAAUCGACUUCAGACUUUGAUUACCCUCGGCAACUUCUUGUUCGGUCCAAUCCCUGAAUCUCUCGGUAGAUGCGAGUCGCUGAGCCGUAUUCGUAUGGGGGAGAAUUUUCUCAAUGGUUCGAUCCCCAAAGGUCUUUUCGGUUUGCCCAAUCUAUCUCAGGUCGAAUUGCAGAACAAUUUUCUCACCGGAGAAUUUCCAGUUACGGGUUCCAUCUCUGCCAAUCUCGGCCAAAUUAGUCUCUCGAACAAUCAGCUCUCGGGGUCCUUACCACCGACGGUCGGAAAUUUCUCCGGUGUCCAGAAGCUCCUGCUAGAUGGGAACCAGUUCUCCGGCCGAAUCCCACCCGAAAUAGGGCGUUUACAGCAGCUCUCGAAGAUUGAUUUCAGCCACAACAAAUUAUCUGGCCCAAUAGCGCCGGAGAUCGGCCAAUGCAGGCUCCUGACCUUCGUUGAUCUCAGCCGUAACGACCUCUCCGGUGAAAUUCCCAAUGAAAUCACCACUAUGAGGAUAUUGAAUUAUCUGAAUCUCUCAAGGAACCAUUUAAUUGGCAACGUUCCCCCUUCAAUAUCUUCAAUGCAAAGCUUAACAUCCGUAGAUUUUUCAUACAACAAUCUCUCUGGUUUGGUCCCUGGCACCGGCCAGUUCAGCUACUUCAACUACACGUCGUUUCUCGGAAACCCAGAUCUCUGCGGCCCAUACUUAGGACCUUGCAAAAAUGGGGUCGUCAAUGGCACCCAACAGCCUCAUUUAAAAGGCUCUCUCUCUGCUUCCGUGAAGCUUUUGCUUGUCAUUGUCCUGCUCGUCUGCUCAAUCGCAUUUGCAAUUGCAGCCAUCAUCAAAGCUCGUUCCUUAAAACGAGCGAGCGAGUCUCGAGCCUGGAAAUUAACCGCAUUCCAAAGAUUAGGUUUCACAGUAGAUGACAUUUUGGACUGCUUGAAAGAGGACAACAUUAUAGGCAAAGGAGGCGCUGGCAUUGUGUAUAAAGGUUUCAUGUCGAGCGGUGAUCACGUCGCCGUGAAAAGGCUACCGGGAAUUGGUCGUGGGUCGUCCCACGACCAUGGAUUCAAUGCUGAGAUUCAGACUUUGGGGAGGAUUAAGCAUCGGCACAUUGUUAGAUUGUUGGGGUUCUGUUCAAACCAUGAAAGUAAUCUUCUGGUUUAUGAGUACAUGCCGAAUGGGAGCUUGGGGGAGGUUCUUCAUGGCAAGAAAGGAGGGCAUUUGCAGUGGGACACGAGGUAUAAGAUUGCCAUUGAAGCUGCUAAAGGUCUUUGCUAUUUACAUCAUGACUGCUCGCCGUUGAUUGUGCAUCGAGAUGUGAAAUCAAACAACAUACUUCUGGAUUCUGAUUAUGAAGCUCAUGUUGCUGAUUUUGGGCUUGCCAAGUUUCUUCAGGAUUCGGGCACUUCUGAAUGUAUGUCCGCUAUAGCUGGUUCUUACGGAUACAUAGCUCCAGAGUAUGCUUACACAUUGAAAGUCGAUGAGAAGAGUGACGUUUAUAGCUUCGGAGUAGUACUGUUAGAGCUUGUGAGUGGGCGGAAGCCCGUUGGGGAAUUCGGGGAUGGGGUCGACAUAGUCCAAUGGGUCAGAAAAAUGACUGGCCCCAACAAUGAAGGGGUUGUAAAAAUCAUCGAUCCACGGCUCUCCUCAGUCCCUCUGAAUGAAGUAAUUCAUUUGUUCUAUGUAGCAAUGCUGUGUGUGGAAGAUCAAGCCGUGGAGCGGCCAACCAUGAGAGAAGUCGUCCAAAUCCUCACAGAAUUCCCAAAGCCACCAAGUUCAAAGCAAGCAGAUUUCCCCUCAAAAGAAGCCGAACUAGCAACAUCCCCGCCGUUACCCCCAUCGUCACCGCCACCGGGGGCGGCAUUAGAUUCAGCAAACAAAACAAGCCCACCACCUGAUCUUCUCAGCAUUUGAAACCCAACUGUGGAAGUAGUACUGUUGGAUUGUAUCUGUGGGGGAUUCAGUUCAUGAAAUAUAUAUAUAUAUAUAUAUAU